AACCUGGGCCUGAAACAAUGUCUUCCACCGAAAAAAACAUAAAGGACACUUGAUCACCCAAUCCUUGGAAUUAUUUCCAGGAAACACUUGCAGAAACCAUUUGGAGCACACUUUCCCUGGCAGUGCACAAGGGACGGCCAGGAGAUGAGCGCAUCUUUGAAUUAUAAGUCUUUUUCCAAAGAGCAGCAGACCAUGGAUAACUUGGAGAAGCAACUCAUCUGUCCUAUCUGCUUAGAGAUGUUCACGAAACCCGUGGUCAUUCUCCCCUGUCAGCAUAACCUGUGUAGGAAAUGUGCCAGUGAUAUUUUCCAGGCCUCUAACCCGUAUUUGCCCACGAGAGGAGGCACCACCGUGGCAUCAGGGGGCCGGUUUCGCUGCCCAUCCUGUAGACACGAAGUGGUUCUGGACAGACAUGGGAUAUACGGCCUUCAGAGGAACCUGCUGGUGGAAAAUAUCAUUGACAUCUACAAGCAGGAGUCCACCAGACCAGAAAAGAAGUCUGACCAGCCCAUGUGUGAGGAGCACGAAGAGGAACGCAUCAAUAUCUACUGUCUGAACUGUGAAGUGCCCACCUGCUCUCUGUGCAAGGUCUUCGGGGCACACAAGGAUUGCCAGGUGGCUCCCCUAACUCACGUGUUCCAGAGGCAGAAGUCUGAGCUCAGUGAUGGCAUUGCUGUCCUUGUGGGAAGCAAUGAUCGCGUCCAGGGAGUAAUCAGCCAGCUGGAGGACACCUGUAAAACUAUUGAGGAAUGCUGCAGAAAACAGAAACAGGAACUUUGUGAGAAGUUUGAUUACCUGUAUGGUAUCCUGGAGGAGAGGAAGAAUGAAAUGACCCAAGUCAUUACCCGAACCCAAGAGGAGAAACUGGAACAUGUCCGUGCUCUGAUCAAAAAAUAUUCUGAUCACUUGGAAAAUGUGUCAAAGUUGGUUGAAUCAGGAAUCCAGUUCAUGGAUGAGCCAGAAAUGGCAGUGUUUCUGCAGAAUGCCAAAACCCUGUUACAAAAAAUUUCUGAGGCAUCGAAGGCAUUUCAGAUGGAGAAAAUAGAACAUGGUUAUGAGAACAUGAACCACUUCACAGUCAACCUCAAUAGAGAAGAAAAAAUAAUACGCGAAAUUGACUUUUACAGAGAAGGAGAAGGAGAUGGAGAUGGAGAUGGAGGAGAAGGAGAAGCAGAAGAAGGAGGAGAAGAAGGAGAGCAAAUAGAAGUGGAAGAGGUAGAAAAUGUUCGGACAGAGUCCUCAGGAGAGAAUGAAAGUCCAGAGAAAGCCUCGGAGCCCUCUCCACUGGCCUCAGAGCUCCAGGCCGCCUUGGGGGCGUCUCCGGGCCCCUCUCCAGAGUCCCCUCCAGGCCUCCCACCUGCUGCAGACGCUCCAGUGAUGCAGGGGGAGGUUGUGCCCACUGGCUCUCAGCAGACCACAGAGUCUGAAACUCCAGUCCCUGCAGCAACGGACACUGCGGAUCCCUUGUUUUACCCUAGUUGGUAUAAAGGCCAAACCCGGAAAGCCACCACCAACCCACCUUCCACCCCAGGGACCGAAAGUCUGGGACACAUAGGGCCUCCUGGUUCUGAGGAUUCGAAUGUGCAGAAGGCAGAAGUGGCAGAAGCUGCAGCCAGUGAGAGGGCAGCAGUGAGUGGUAAGGAAACUAGUUCACCUGCAGCUACUUCUCAGACUGGAUCUGAGGACCCUCCCCUCCAGGUACAGGCUACAGCUUCGGGGAGUGGGAAUGGAGCUGAUUCUGAGCCAGCUCGCCACGUCUUCUCCUUUUCCUGGUUGAACUCCCUGAAUGAAUGAUGUGCAUUCCAACAGUUGCCCUCUGUCUGCCUGGCUGAGAUGGACACCAGCAGCAGGGAACCUAGAUGCAAUUAAUAUGAUGCAGGUGAUGAAAGGGACCUCUGAACAGGUUUUCUGCAAAAAACCAAACCAAACCAAAACAAAAACCCCUUUAAUUCCAGAUGACGUUCCAGAGGGAAAACAAUUUUGAAAAGCAUAGUUGCUUGAAAACAAUGGAAAAAAGAAACUUGAUCCUAUGCAAAUCCUUUAUUGUGUGGGAAACAUUAUAAAGAGUAUGUAGGUGUGAUACGUGUACAUGUGUUCGUAACAAGUGGCAAGUGUUGAAAAAGUGUACACCACACUCUUGUCUCUAAUAGGCACUGGCUUUUGUUAUUAUAUCAUAGUAGCUCUUAUUCUUUCUUCUUUAACAAUGCAGUUGGUCAGUGAAAUUCAGUGUUAAUUCAGAAGUGACUGAUUUAUCAAUAUAUGGACAACAGGUAAAUCAUUGACCAAAGAUGAAACACUUUACAAAGGUUUCCUCUUUUCCAUAACAGAUGUCACUCAUAUAUCCAGAAAUGGUCUUUAACUCUGGUGAUACUUCCAUAGUCCAGAAGGCUGAAGGCUUGGGACAUUGCUUGUGACAUUUUUCUAAUCUUAGUUAGAUGUGCAGAAUAUCAAGCACUUAAUUUGAAAAGAGAAUUUCCAACAGGAAAUCUCUACUUUCUUAUGUCUCCAGUGAGGCUCCAACCUGGUGAAUUAUAGAAUAGCUGCAUGUGUUUAAAUAUAUAUACACAAAUAUAAUCCAUAUAUAAAAUACAUAUAUAUUUAAAUCAUGUGUUAUUUGUCCCACCAAAAUGCCUCUUUCGAAACUUAAGUAUAACUUUAUUCUGUAUGAACUCUAAAAUAAAUGCUGUUUUUAACAACUUAGUUUUAUAAUGACUUAUUCAGUGUUUCAUGUUAUCUUAUUAAUACAUUAGUCAAGCGCAUUGAAGGGGUCCCAAGGGAAGAAGCAUCUUCAGACAUCCAAAUUAAUUUAAAGUAUUAAACAUUCAACUGAAUUUCUGUAAGUUGUAACUCAACUACCAAAGAUAAAUACAUUACUAAACUAACUGGAUGUGCCUGUUCCAUUUUAGAAAUGCAUAGAGAUAACUUAUAUUCUUUAGAAUUAAACUGACUAGGAUUGGUAUAGA